GGAGGGAAACUCCCGAUGCCCAAGCCCUUCCCUUCACGGCAGCCGGACAGCCGACGGGCAGGAAGUCACGAAACCCUUACAGGACCACCGGCCGCGGGCAUGACGGUCCCGCAAGUCCCUGCUGCUGGUUGAGAACUCACCACGUGCCAGACGCUUUGCACAUGACCUUCCCCCAGCUGCCCCCACCCCCCACCCCCGCCUGACAGCCGAGGCACUGGCAUCACUUGGGGGGUCGGGUUCUCAGGGUGUGUUAACCCCUACUCUUGUCUCUCUCGGUUCCAGGAUAGGACCCGGGUCGUGUCGCCCAUCAUCGAUGUCAUCAACAUGGACAACUUUCAGUACGUGGGGGCGUCCGCCGACUUAAAAGGGGGUUUCGACUGGAACCUGGUGUUCAAAUGGGACUACAUGACGCCCGAGCAGAGGCGCGCGCGGCAGGGGAACCCGGUCGCCCCCAUCAAAACCCCCAUGAUCGCGGGGGGGCUGUUCGUGAUGGACAAGUCCUAUUUUGAGGAGCUGGGGAAGUACGACAUGAUGAUGGACGUGUGGGGCGGAGAGAACCUGGAGAUCUCCUUCCGCGUGUGGCAGUGCGGGGGCAGCCUGGAGAUCAUCCCCUGCAGCCGCGUGGGGCACGUGUUCCGCAAGCAGCACCCAUACACCUUCCCCGGCGGCAGCGGCACCGUCUUCGCCCGCAACACCCGCCGGGCGGCCGAGGUGUGGAUGGACGAGUACAAAAACUUCUACUACGCCGCCGUGCCUUCCGCCAGGAACGUCCCUUACGGCAACAUCCAGAGCCGCCUGGAGCUGAGGAAGAAGCUGAGCUGCAAGCCGUUCCGCUGGUACCUGGAGAACGUGUACCCGGAGCUGCGGGUCCCCGACCACCAGGACAUUGCCUUCGGCGCCUUGCAGCAGGGCACCAACUGCCUCGACACGCUGGGGCACUUCGCCGACGGCGUCGUCGGCGUGUACGAGUGUCACAACGCGGGGGGCAACCAGGAAUGGGCGCUGACCAAGGAGAAGUCGGUGAAGCACAUGGACCUGUGCCUGACGGUGGUGGACCGGACGCCCGGCUCGCUCAUCAAGCUGCAGGGCUGCCGGGAAAAUGACAGCAGACAGAAAUGGGAGCAGAUCGAGGGCAACUCCAAGCUGCGGCACGUGGGCAGCAAUCUGUGCCUGGACAGCCGCGGGGCCGCGGCGGGCGGCCUACGCUGUCCCAACAGUGGAAGUUCUCGCUGAACCUGCAGCCCUAGGCGCCGCCGCGCCCACGGGCGGUCGGAGAUCACGGGAUCGAUCAAACUUUCCGCGAAACUAUAUACCUCAGUCUCCCGUCCUGUCUGCACGCCGGCACCUCGGCACCGACGGGACGGGGCGGCAGACACAGCGGCAAGGGAAGAGGACUGGUCACCAGUCACAGCGCAGCCUGGUCCCCCCUCCCUGGGCACCGCCCCGUCCUGUCGGCUCCCUCCUGGUCCUGCCCAGACGCCAAGGAGCAGCCCCAGCCACAGCGGGGAUGCGACAGCCGAGGCUCCAGGUGUGCGUUUGGGGGACGGGAGGGGGAAGGGGCACGUGGCUCCAUUGCAGCAGGAGAUCUCUCUGGAAACCUCCCUUGGCCCCAUCGCAAGCCCGCGUGGCCCACGGCACCGACGGCCACCUGCGGGUCCGGCUCCCCACCACCUCCACACGACGCGAAGGACCUGCCGGAUCUGAACUUGAAUGUUUCUGUGGCGGGACACCCACUAUAAAUAGAUAUAAAGAAAGCGCACAGCCGUUCCGGUGGUUUCUGUAGGUCCUCACCCUGUCAAUGCCCCUCGGAGCUGUGCCGGCCGUGCCCCCGGGGUGGCCCUGGCAGCGGGCGGGGCCCCGUGGAGGCCAGGAUGCCAGCCAUGGCCCCGCCUCGCUGUCCGGCUACAGCGUGGGCGUCACUGCUCUGUGCUGGAAUCCACUUUGCGUGCCCCUGGCAUCUGUAAACCUGGACUUGAUUGGACAAA